AUGGACGCCGGAAUCACCAUGAUGGAGCUCGAUCCAUCCACAUCCACCUCUCCUCCCUCUCUACUAGAACAGCUCCCCACCGAGAUCCUCCACAAAGUCCUGACCUACCUCAAACCGAACGCCCCCUCCAACACCGAGCUCGAACACCACCUCCGACAUUCCCUACCUGGUAAAUACCCCAGAUAUUACCAAAACUCCCACCGAGCUAUACAAUUCCUAACCCAAUUUCCAGCCGAUCCUAAUCUCAACAACUCCGCCGUCGACGCCCAAAGAAACCUGCUCUCGUGCCUCCUCAUAUCCCGCACAAUCCACGUCGCCACGCUCCCUAUCCUCUACCGCCGCAUCUCCGUCUACAAAUACUCCUGCGUGGUGAAGCUCGCCGCCCAAAUAUCAAGAUACCCACACCUAGGCCAGUAUGUCCGCCGAUUGGAUCUCAAUGGGCUGCAGAAAGACCACAAUGAUCUCGCACCGGCCGGGGAGAAGAGGGGCGAGGUAAUCAGUGCAUUGCUCAUGCAAUCACUCAACUUCAUGCCACGCCUGUGGGAGCUUCGCACACCUGUGGAUUCCAUGGAUGGCUUCGAUUGGCAGCUGCUCGAUUUCCGGGUCCUGCAAAACAUCCUCCGGGGCAAAUUCCAGCAUCUCAGGAUUUUGGAUUGGGGACCAAAGCUCUCGGAUGCUUUCUUGGACUAUCUGGAGAACGAGCCUAUACGGGUUUCGACUUCGAUCACCCAUCUGAAGCUUCGUUGCGAGGACACCAGGAUGACGGGCGUCAUUAAAAGGCUCUUGACAGCCAUGCCCAGCAUCCAGAUUCUGGAUUUCUCAGGCUCAAAUGUCAAGGUUGCCGAUGUCCUCGAGGGCAUCCCUACCAAUGCGCGGUUAACCUCCUUGAAGACCACGCUAAUAUCUUCCGCGGCAUGGUCCGACGUCUCCAGCUUCAUGAACCGUAACCCGAGCAUCUUCGAAGGGCUGAUGGUUCUGGAUCUCUCAAGACAAUGGACGCUCCCACUGGAAAGUCCAGACGACAUCUCGGGGGUUCUGUAUCAACUCCCUCCAAGUCUCCGAUCGCUCAAUCUCAGAAACUGCUCCAUGGAGCCCUCGCACUUGGAUAUCAUCCGAGAACAGUGUCCGAAACUCAUGGAGCUGAGCAUUGGAACCGGCAUCCGCCUCCACGACCUCGAAUCCACAAUCCUGCCCCCACACAUCGAAAAGCACCACGAUGACCAGUACGGCGAAAACAGCAACUCAGACGACAGCCAAGACGACAGCCCUGCCAUCGACGCCCUCUACGGCACGAUCCUAGGCCCCAUGGGCCGCGCAGUAGCACUCUGCAAACUACGCAAACGGCUCAACUCAGUCUCCGUCAACCGCAGCGGCAACAUGCACCACAAAUUCCGGAUGUCAGGCCUCCAAUACCUCGACAUCCGCAGCCUCCCCAUCGAAGAGCAGCGCAAGAUCCGGACAUCCAUCUUGCUGGGGCAGCACUCGCAACCGCUAGGGAUCAUCCAGAUCUCCGGAAGUGAAUUCUUCGAGGACGGCAUGCUCCAUCGUCUUUGCAGUGCCGUGGGCUGGAGAUUCUGCUGGCGUGGUGGACGCGCGUGGAUUGCUCGGAAGUAG